AUGGACGCGUGCCAAGUCCUGCGACUCGAACUGUUGUUGUGCAAACAGUGCAAACAACAAAAGCAUUCAAAGCAAGUAAAAGUCUACUCAAUACUGAAGAAAGAAGUAUUUGUACCCUGCCUUCGGGUACUGGAAUCUAUUCUACGAAUCCAAAAAAGCUGGAAUGGUAAUAGUGAAUCAAAGGAUAAAAGCUUGGAAAAGACAACGGCCAGUGCUACAGCUAAGGGCAGCGUGGAUAAGAGCGACAAAAAUAGUAAGAGCAAGAAAGCCGACAAUGACAAGACAGAAGAAGAACGCACAACCCCUGUAAUCGAGGAGAAUGUAGUGGUUGCUAUGCAGGAAGACGGGGAGCCGGUACAUAUAACCACAUACUCGACUCUAGACGAAGAUGGAAAGAAUGUAGCACAUAACAUCGAUGGACCCGAGCCGCACCAGCCAGAGUUUGCAAAGGAUUUGCUGCCCAAAGGUGUGACUAUUAAAAAGGGCGCCCCAAAACAGGCCAAACGCAAGCAAAGCGCCAUACCCAAGGUGGCUUGGAAGUGGGAGGACGAGUUUGAUACCUUGAGGGAACCGCGUACGUUUCAGGUCUGUAUUAAAGUACAUGCUGUUAACCAAAUUUAG